UUUUGUAGUUUUCAAUUGCAAUAUGGUGUUAAAAAACUCUUUUAUAUUUAUAACUAAUUAAAAUAUAAUAUAAAAAUUAAUAUUUCUGUGUUUAAUAUUAGAAAUUUUCUAAAAGAAGUUAGAAAUAUUUGAAAAAAAAAACUGCAUUAAGUUUGAUUUGAAAUUUUUAUAUAUUUUUUGACCUAAACCGACCAAUUAAUUAUUAAUUUUAGUUUUUUAAAUAUUUUUACAAUUUGAUUUAUUCACAAUAAUAAAAAAUAUUAAAAUGUUUACUGAUUUUGUCGGAAAUUUGGCAUGUUCAUUGUCAUUUGGGCAUUCUUUGGUAGUUGUAGCCAAAACAAUUGAUGGUGCUAAAAGAUUUAAAAUAAAUUUAAGAACAAGUAAAUUACCAACAUCUGAUAUUGGAUUACAAUUACACGCAAAAUUCACUGAAGAUAUUAUUAUACGUAGAACAAUGAUAAAUGAAGAAUGGUUAGAUGAGGAACGUGUUGAAAAUUUAGAUGAUAAUACAGCAUUAAAUCCAAUUGUUUCUGGAGAUUUUUUUGUUAUAUGUAUAUUUGCUGGUGAAAAUUCAUUUCAUAUAUCAGUUAAUAAUCGACCAUAUUGUAUAUAUAAUUAUCGUUUACCAAUUGAAAAUAUACAUUGUAUUGAAAUAUGUGAACAAAUACAAACAAUUAAACAAGUUGAUCAUCGUGCAUCAUAUCCAUAUGCAUGGCCACCAAUACAAACAAUAUGGAAUAAAGUACAAUUUAAUCAUGAUGUACCAAUAAUGUUUUUACCAGGGCAUAUAAUUUUAUUAACUGGCUUAUGUUUUGGUAGUCCAAAAGGAUGGUUUACAAUAAAAUUUUUUGAAGCUGGUACAAAACGUGAAUUAUUACAUUUUAAUCCAAGAUUUCCAAAUCAAGUUGUUGUUAGGAAUGCAAUGAAACCAAAUUUAGAAUUUGGUGAAGAAGAACGUAGUGGCGGUUUUCCAUUUGUUUUUGAUCAACAAUUUACCGUAGCAAUUGCAAUUACUGAAAAAGAAUUUUUAUUUGCUGUUGAUGGUCGAAGAUUUUGUAAUUUUGUUUAUAGAUCAUCAGAUCUAUUACAAAAUUUAGUUGGUAUUAAAGUUACUUCAGAUUAUGGUAUGUUUGUUAAUAUAACAGCAGUUGAUCAUUUUCAAAUGCCUGAUAAAGCUUGUGUUAAUUUUGAAAGUUUUUGUAAAUAA